CUUCCUGCGUCAUCCCCCUCCCCUCGACCGUGAAGCCAUACUCAUAUCCCUCGCGAGGCUAUAGUGCUUAGCGAACUAUUCCGUACUAGAUUAUCACACGUCCCGGUUCAACAUGGGUUUUCAGGUCCGAGGCAUCAAGAAUCGACCCCCGCUUCCCUACAAGGACGAUAUCAGGGCCUACAGCAAGGAAUAUGCCGAGUCUCUCGAUGCCCGAGACCCGCUACGUGCCUUUCGCGAUGAGUUUAUCAUUCCCUCGAAGACCGAUCUGAAGAGAAAGUCAUUGGCUGUUGACGAGACCCAUGACAACUCCGAUGAUUCAUGGUGUAUUUAUUUGUGUGGCAACUCCCUUGGGGUGCAGCCUCGCAACACGCGGAGGUACAUCGAGUAUUAUCUGCGGACCUGGGCCAUGAAAGGCGUCACUGGUCAUUUUACUCCGCAUGAUGACCAGCUUCUGCCACCGUUUGUGGACGUUGACGACGCCGGCGCAAAGCUCAUGGCUCCGGUCGUGGGAGCACUGCAGAGCGAAGUGGCACUCAUGGGCACCCUGACGGCUAACCUGCACCUUUUAAUGGCAAGCUUCUAUCAGCCGACUCAGGAUCGAUACAAGAUCAUUAUCGAAGGCAAGGCUUUCCCAAGUGAUCAUUAUGCCGUUGAAUCUCAAAUUAAGCAUCAUAAUUUGGAUCCAAAGGAUGCCUUGGUUCUCAUCGAACCUAAGGACACCGAUCGUCCUCUUUUGACGGCGGAGCAAAUACUGCAAGUGAUUGAUGAGCAUGCCUCGAGUACCGCAGUCAUCCUCCUUUCAGCGGUUCAAUUCUACACCGGCCAAUAUUUCGACAUCGAAAAAAUCACCGCGCAUGCUCAGUCGAAAGGCAUCAUCGUGGGCUGGGACUGUGCUCACGCGGCAGGGAAUGUCGACUUGCACCUGCACGACUGGAACGUAGACUUUGCAGCAUGGUGCAACUACAAAUACCUCAACAGCGGGCCUGGCGGCAUGGCGGGCAUAUUUGUUCAUGAAAGACAUGGGCAAGUGGAUAUGGACCGGGCUGAUGGCGACGGUCAACCCUUCCGACCACGACUCUCCGGCUGGUGGGGAGGAGACAAGAAGACCAGGUUCCUGAUGAACAACAACUUCUUGCCCCAGCCCGGCGCAGCAGGAUACCAAGUGUCCAACCCAUCCGUGCUGGAUAUCAACGCAGUAGCUGCGUCACUUGAGCUUUUCAACCGGACAUCGAUGGCCGAGAUUCGUAAAAAGUCCCUAGACCUCACAGGCUACCUAGAGCACCUGCUUCUAACCUAUCCUCUUGACGCACCGCCCGAGGAUAAGCCUUUCAUCAUUAUCACUCCGUCAAACCCGGACGAGCGCGGUGCGCAGCUUAGUCUGCGUCUACAACCCGGUCUUUUGGACACUGUCCUGGAGGUCUUGGAAGAGCACGCGGUCGUCAUUGAUGAGAGGAAACCGGAUGUGAUUCGGGUUGCUCCAGCCCCUCUAUAUAACACUUACGUGGAUGUGUGGGAAUUCUGCCAGGUCUUCUACAAUGCCUGCCGGAAGGCUGUGAGCGCACGGAAAUAAGCCACCCUCAUAAUUUGAUGGAGUCCCCUUGAGAAGCUGGGGUGCGAGGGUUGUUCCGACAGGGGAAUAUACCAAGAGUGGUCAUGAAUCUGUACAUGAACUAGACGCAGCGAUUGGCGCGAUCUCGCGACGAGAGCUGAUCAGGC